GCAGCUGUGAUGAUGCUUGACUAACAAGCUUCUCCCUGUCAUGAACACACCAUGGUGAGGGGCCGGGGAACAGGCAAUCACAACUUUGACAUAUUAAAGUAGUCAGCGGUCAGUUUCAGACACCAUGUUCCAAACUGUCCCCCUGUCCGAGUCUCAGACGCAUUUCCCCGGUCAGCCGUACUCCGUGUCCGUCCUUAAAGUCGGCUACUGUCUCCCUCAGCCUGAUGGGACGUUCAGGGCCGACGGGACUAUCACCCUCAUAACGGGACCCAAGACUGUUUUAGUGGACACCGGGGGUCCAUGGGACCGGGACUUCCUGACCACACUGAAGGAGAAGGGUCUGGAACCGGGGGACAUUGACGUGGUCGUGGGGACGCACGGACACUCCGACCACGUGGGAAACCUCAGCGUUUUCCCGGCAGCAGUGAUGAUAGUAGGCUAUGACAUCAGUGAUGGAGACACGUACCGCCCCAACCAGCUAGCAGAGGGACAGGGGUACACUAUUGAUGAGCAGGUGUGUGUAGUUCCGAGUCCAGGCCACACGGAGCAGCACGUCAGCGUCCAGGUGACGGGAACCUCGGCAGGCACAGUGCUGGUUGCAGGGGACUUAUUUGAGUGCUGCACAGACGAGGACAGUUGGCGGGACCUGAGCGUGAACACUGCAGUGCAGGAGGUCAGUCGGCAGAAGGCGCUACAGACCGCUGAUGUCAUCAUACCCGGACAUGGACUCCCUUUCAGAGUCCUCAGGAACUGAGGAGUCAACCCUGGUGCUCCACAGACCUUUAUCACAGCAACAUUUUGACUCGUGGAAGAAAAACAAUAUCCUUUUUUAAAGCAAAGGAGAUAAUUACCUCCCAACAUUUUAAGUUACGUACUAUUUGUCCGUUCCUGGAAAAAUAAUCAGCUUUUUUCCUUUUUAUUACACAUCAACAGCCUGUAAACUGUAAACAUCUCUGUACAUGUAUAGAUAUCAUCUCAGAUAUUGGUACAACAUUGAUUAUUACAUUGACAACAAAUAUAUUUUACUAUGAAAAUAUUUGACUAUAAAUAUAUUUAUUGGUUGCCUGAAACUCGACUCUUUCUCCUUCAUCAAAAGAGGGAUAAUACCAAAUAAAUAAAUACAUUUUA